AGAGCAGCAGCACACAAAAAACACACCUUUUAGUUACGGUGUCAGGAAAUCGAGCGGUAAACAGAAUUUCUCCCGUGCUGGCACAGUGGCAGGUCAUCUAGUAUCAUCAACGUCCAAGUAUUCCAGUUAUAGACUAAAGAUGAUCAUUGAGUUGUGACGCAGCACAGAUUGUUUGGUGCUGUCACCAGACCACUAUGGAGCCUAUGAUGAACAAGGCUGAGGCGGUGGGCCUGUGCACCAGCAUCGCUCUCCAACAACUCGGCAACGCCAUCGAAGACGAGUUGAAAUCCCACGAAGAACGCCUCCGAAACUGUCGCUCAUUUACCUCAUACCUCAAGCAACGUCCGAGCCUAGCCCUAUCCACAGACAGCGUCCUGCAUUGGAGUAGCGCUGCCGUCAUGAUCAUUGCUGUGUUCUUCAUGAUCAUCAAUGCAGCAGUUUCAGACGAUGGGUCCUUGAUUCUGGAGUUGAUUGUUCUGAUUGUCCUCAUCAUUAUUAACUUGUCGGUGGCGAGGUGGGAUAAACAUCUGAGAGAAAGAGAAGUUGUGAAUCACACUAAAGAUGUACUGCACAAACUUAGAGAUCUACUAGCCUGUGAGCUCCACUGGCCAGAAGAAAUCUACCAGCCGCUGUUCCGACCGACCACUCAGUCAAUUACAGAGCAGUGGACGUAUCGGGAUGGUCAUGUGGUCAAUCUACCAACGCCCUUGUUGGUCAAAGAUGAUGUCAUUCUUCUGAGUCCAGGCCAAGCAGCACCAACAACUGUUUGUCAUUUUGAGGACAAUGAUUUAGUUCUACAAAAAGGGCAGAAAUUUGACCAGUCGGCCUUUGAGCAAAGCAGUAACCCAUCGGCACGCCAACCUCGGAAACCUGUCAAAUGUCUCGUGUUGGACACACCUUACAUUCCAUAUCUAAGAGCUUGUCUACAGAAAUACAACAGUAAGCCGACGUCUGUGCUGGAAAUAAAGCGGCUAGUGUGUGUCUCUAUUAUUGAGAGAUGGGUCCUGUGUUUUACUCUGGGAGUGUCAUUGGUUGUAAAUAUCCUGCGCUUGACAUUGCUUGGAGAUGAUGUUGGAGAUUGGGCUGAGAUGAUCAUAAGCUUACAGGUGAAUACCAUUCUGCCUCUGAUGUCACUGUCUCUACCUCUACUGUGGAUUAUUCUGACCAGCUACGGCAAUGCUCGGAUUGUUACACUCUUCCAUAAGGCCACUAAUCAGCAGACUGAAGUCACAGAGUAUCCCGACGAUGAACUUGGUGAAAAGACAGAAGUUGAGGAUGAGAAGCUGUCGUUUGUUGAACUGUGGGAGCAUUUUCGAUCAGCAUUUUUCGGACCUUCCAGCCACCUUCCUCGAUCAGCAAGCCUUCUGCAAGGUCUUGGCACCAUGACUUCCCUUUGCUGCGUAGACAAGCGUGGUAUCCUCUCGUAUCCCGACCCAACCAUCGAGAAAGUCUUCUUCAUGAGCAACUUACGAGAUGACAAAGAGUCCGAUUCUGAAACUAGUUCUGUCUUCACAAACUCUGAUGAGCAACUUCUUAGUGAAGGGCACGGCAAGAGAGGGGUCACCAUAGCACCUUCCGAGAAACAUCAUGACAACGAAGACUAUUUUCCUGAAUAUCACACGGAGGUUUUAACACUAUCAGUCGACUCAACACAAAACCCAAGAAGUUUACAGUUUGAUGAAACUAACUGGGAGAGACACAUCCAUUCCUUGAAGCCAUUGGGACUGAACAUCUUAUUAAACACAUGUAACCCUGAUACUGUGGAGAAAUACUGUCAUUUCUUCAAUCAUGUACACAGUAUCGUCAACACUGAGGACACAUCUCAACCUGCAUGGGUGGCUCAUAGAAGGUGUAUGUGCCAACUAGCCUACCUGAUUGGCUUCACAGACCAAGCUACACAGAUGUAUGAGACUGAGCAACAACUGGCUCUGUAUCAACCAGUGCAUCCAGAUGGAGAUGAGAACCAUGGUCGACACCUUCACAAAGCUCGCUCCUUCAUCAAGAAACGUACCCCGCUACCUCACAUUCUGUCUGUCCUUAUGAAAGACUCAAGAGGAGGUACCAACCAAUUACUGACAGAAGGAACGGCUGAGUUAGUCCUCAGUCUCUGCACAGACUUUUGGGAUGGAUCUGACCUUUGCCCUCUAGAUGACACUGACAGAAAGAAGAUUCUAGAUUUCUACCAGCGAGCUGCGCUAUCCUCUUACUGCUUUGCCCUUUCCUACCAACCCAUGGUGGACUCCAUGGCUCAGUACUUUGAUGAUCUCUACAUAGAGUUACCAACUGGAGGAAAGGAUGGCAAACUACCAGCUGAAUUUGAUAGCUUUGGUAUCGCAAGGUCCUCGUGGGAUGUUGACAUGACUACAGCUCACCAGCAGAGCAAGGUGAGAGAAGGCAAUGAUGGAGAGGCUGCAGAACGAGGAAGGAAGUAUCAUAGCCUGGACUCAGCCAUGGACAAGAUGGGCAAUACAACAGAUGUAGGAGAAUGCCUCAGAGCACAGUGCGGUCAGAUAUUUAUUGGCAUGGUUGCCAUGAACUACCAAGCCAAGUCGGACGUCGUUGCUCUGAUUGAAAACCUAGACCAUGCCUGCAUUCGCUUUGUUCAUUUCUCAAGGGAUCAAGAACUCAGGAGUAGAGUAUUCUCAGAAAAAAUGGGUCUAGAGGCCGGCUGGAACUGCCACAUCUCCUUACAGAGUGAGUCCAACGUCACCACGUCCAACAACAGCUUCUCUCGCCAGCAUUCUGACCAUUCCUCAUCUGUCAAGAGCAACCCGUCCAGGAAGAGCAUGGAGGUGGUGACUAACCUCCUUUCAGAUCAUUCCACUGAGGUCCAGAUGGAUGCUGUGAAUCUGAAAGUUCAAUGGCAAGGGAAGAAGGCGGUGAUUGGAGAUGAGACCGCGGACAAAGCCGGACACAGAAUUCGGACAAUUUCAGGAGGAAGAUUAAGUAGCAAUAAGGAAGAAGAAGGCAAAGGUCCUGGAGUGAAGAUCAUAGAGGAGAAAGAAGGCGGCGAUGAGGAAGAGGAUGAAACCUUAGAAACAUCGAGACUACUCCCAGCUUCGCCAGCUCCGAGUCCUGGUUCCCAACUCACUGCCAAUGAAUCAAACAUUCAAUCUGGAAACUCUGUCAGCGGACAAACUGGAAAAGACAAAACCAAAGAUGAGAACUCUAGCUACCCUGAUGAUCGGGGUAAAAAUGCUUCAAAGGGCAAAAUCGACGAAGGUGAAUCAUCGAAACCGCUUCUGGAAUCCACUCUUCAAUCGCCAGCAUCCCAGAAACCAACCAAUCCUCGCUUCUCACAAGCCUCGCUCCCUAAUGUCCAAAUCUCGGAAGAAGAGGACCGGGCGGCAGGGCAGCCAGCUCGACACAAAUCAGACCAGGGGUUUCUGAGCGAAGACAUGCUGUCGCUUAAAGGAAGAAACAUUUCAGAGACACGUACUAUGAGCGAUGAUGUAGAGACACUGAGCCAUGUGACAGAAAGUGAGACGGCGGUGGGCUUUGACAUCGCUAAUAGAGCUAAGCUUCCUCGUGGCAUUGAGAAUAUCCGACCACAUCUAGAGAAGUAUGACAACGUGCCCUUACUGGUACCCCUCUUUACUGAUGUCACUCCAGAGACGACUCAAGAGAUGUUGAAGAUAAUGCAUGACUAUGGAGAGGUGGUAUGCUGCCUGGGAAGUAACGUCAACUUGGCCAACAUGCCACUCUUUGCUCAAGCUGACGUCAGUAUUGGGGUCAAGCCACUCUAUCCACACAUCUGUGUAAACCAAGCCCAGCCAGAAGCCAAGACUAAAGAUGUCCCACAUUGGCACACUCCAGUGGGUCUUGGUAGUCUCCUUACCAGCCUGCCAUGCUCCUUAUCAUUCUGGUGGAGUAACAUCAAUUUAAUUAGUCUCAUACGGGAGGCGAGGGGGUUAUGCACAGCAAUCGGUGUCGUCUUCACCUUCUUGAUGUUUUCGCUUCUCUCCAUCACCGCGACCCAGCUCCUAGCAUCCAUCUUCCUCCUGCCUCCUCCGCUAAGCGGUCGCCAUGUCCUGUGGCUUGCUGUAGUUCUAGCACCGGUGCUGUCCGUGUCAUUGCUCAACUCUCAGUUAACUCAUCAGACGAUGACGAAUGCUACAGGAAAGAAUCUGAAACACAAGGACUAUCAGGUGAUCCAGCUCUAUGUGUUUUACUUCUUCGUUCGUUUUGUCAUCACGGUGUUUGUGGUGUUGUUUUGCCACGCCCUGACCCUGCACGCCUUCUGCAGGAAGACGGCAGUAACAAUUGAUUCGUGCAAUGUAUUCUUUGGGAACAGGAAUUCCAGUUCUAGCUGGAAUGGUCUGAAAGAAAGAGGUCUAUCCCCUCAGCUUGUUCUAGCUCAGAACAUUACAACAACACUCUUACUAUUCUUCUUCAUUGUGACCUCAGUGAGCUACGUGCACAGCCUCAAGCCACUAUGGAAGAAACAUCCCUUCACAAACCGCCUAUGGUGUGCCACUGUCAUUGUCCUUCUUUUGCUCCAAGUGAUCUACUUCUUACUGGAUGUUCGGAUAUGGGCAGCAGACACUGGCGUCAUGGUGACUCUUACUGAUGUACCCUUAGAGGUAUGGCUUAUAGCUCUACUCUGGCCGCUGGUCAUCCUGGUACUUGGCGAAGCGGUGAAGCUGAUUGAAAUCAGAGUUUUUGUGAGAUGGCAGAGGCGGACUCAGCUCCAGUUUGGCACCAAGCUUGGCAUGAAUUCUCCAUUUUAAGAUUGGAUGACAUUCCGCCCCCACCAACACACUCUACACUCCUGAUGUCCUAAGUGAAUAACCAGCUCGUGAUUAAAGACCAAAGAAUAGAUUCACAUUCCAUUUAUACUGCUUGUAAAGCCAAGGACUCCCAGAAAAGCUUACACCCGUUUCAGAGAGGCGCUCCAGUGUCUCUAAAACAAAUUCUGAAUUAAACACAUGAAACAGUUAGGAGCGACUGGAUGCUCAAUCAACAUAGUACCCAUGGUAUGAUUCGAACCGGGGUCCUAGAGGUGGAAGGCGAGGGAAGAUACCACUACGCCAACCUAACCACCUAAAUAUUUCGGGAAAAAAAGGCCGACUACUUUGUUAACUACAUGCCCUGCCAGUUUACCAUAAAGCAGCUGCAAAAAUAAGAUACCAAUAAGCUUGGGCGAUAACACGAUAUUAUUGAAUAUCGCGAUAUUAAUUUGGAAACGAUUUCGAUAUCGGAUG